AUGCGUGCAGAGCGUGACGAUGCGCAACAUUGGCAAACCGCCUGGGUCUAUCCCGAGGCUAGCGCAGCACAGCGCGACCUGGUGUUGCAGCAGGCACCUGCCUCCUCCACUGACCAAGCACGGGUCGUGCGAACAGCCACGUACAGCCUCUAUCUCAAGACAUAUGCCUUUGAGGACGUUGCUCGACUACAGUACCAAACGAUGCAUGGCAAAAUCCGGCCCUGUGUCGUCCCGUUUUUCCCCUCACCCAUGACGAGUCCCCACCCCUGCCAUCGUGUACAUCUCUCAUGCAAGCCUGUUGCCCAAAAACAGGACUUCUAUCCGGACAAAUAUGCUGCUUUGCUUGAUCUACUAGCAGAACAGUAUUGCACUGAUGCCGAUGCAACCGCACCGCUGAAUCUGCUCCUGGCAUGUGCCGUCCGUGGCCGCUUCAAGCGCCAGUGGGUCCCGGCGACCAUGCCCGGCCUCGAGGCACAGCCCCCGUCGGGCUUGAAAGAAUUGUGGGGCAACUGUGGAAUGGAGACGAUCUUGGCCUACGUCGCAGUCCUGCUGCAGCGCCGCGUCGCUGUCAUCGCUGAGAGUCCCUCUGCGGUACUGAGUGCCGUGACAGCCAUUGCUCAACUGACACCUCCCACAUCCCGACUGGCUGAUGUGUACCCCAACCUGCCGCUGGAGGAACUGAGCACGCUCAACACGCCAUCGUAUAUUGUUGGUUCCACUGAUGCUGCGCUCGCCGAGCGCGAAUCAGCCUAUGACGUUCUGGUCAACAUGCCCGCGGGCGUUGUGCAAGUUGCCGCGCCAUCGGAGAGUGACUUUGCACUCGGUCGCCUGCACCGCGACAUUGCCGAGGCUGUUCUGGAGGUGGCUGGCAAGACAGAAGCAAGCGACGAAGAUGUGGCACAGGUCCUCAAGGAGCGGACAGCCAAUGUUGUGGACAAGCUGCGGGACCUGGCGGAUGAGCACGGCAAAUUGUCGGCCGAGACUAUCACGGGCCGGAAGAUGGCGGCGUCGACCCAGCGCUUCCUCCUGAAUUUGGCUGCGGCUAUGAACAUGCUCCAAGAGUAG